GCAUCUUCAGCGCUUCCGCGAUGAUCUGAGCCCCGCUGACACAUUCUUCUUCCUGCCCUGCCGGAGCCAUCGCUUCCACAACCGUCUUUUCCCGAGGAAAGGGAGAGACAAGCGGCAGGCUACCUUCAAAACACGCUGAGAAUCAUGGCAGGCAUCACUUUGGGCAGUUGCUGCAUGCUCGUCCUGGCCUGCUUCCAAGUUCUCUCCGCAGAUGUUCACAGAGGAUAUUACAUUGCUGCUGUGUACGAACAUCAUGUCAUCCUGAAUCCCAAUCCAACAGCUGUUACCAGUCGAAGGUCUGCAUUGCAGCUGAUGAACAGAAACCUAGACAUUUACGAAGAGCAAGUAACUGCUGCUGUUAAACAGGGAGCACAGAUAAUUGUCUUUCCUGAAGAUGGAAUUCAUGGCUUCAACUUCACCAGGACUUCUAUUUAUCCUUACUUGGAUUUCAUUCCAUACCCUGACUCUGUAACAUGGAAUCCAUGCAAAGAAGAAUACUUGUUCAAUGACACAGAGGUUCUCCACCGACUCAGCUGUAUGGCACUGAAGAAUCAAGUGUUUUUAGUGGCAAACUUAGGAACCAAGCAGCCCUGCAAUCACGGUGAUCGCCAAUGCCCACCAGAUGGGAGAUACCACUUUAACACAAACGUAGUAUUUAGUGACAGUGGUACACUCAUAGCAAGAUACCGAAAACAAAACCUGUAUUUUGAAUGUGCCUUUGAUACUCCGCCAGAGGUAGAUUACACUAUUUUUAAUACGCCUUUUGCAGGCAAAUUUGGAAUUUUCACUUGCUUUGACAUCCUGUUCUAUGAGCCCACUGUGAAGCUUAUCAAGGAAUACAAUUUAAAACAGGUUGUGUAUCCUACUGCAUGGAUGAACCAGCUUCCGCUUCUGUCCGCUGUAGAAUUUCAACAAGCAUUUGCAGUUACUUUCAACAUCAAUCUUUUGGCAGCGAAUAUUCAUCGUCCUGACUUGGGUAUGACAGGGAGUGGUAUAUACACACCAUCAGAAUCAUUCAUUUAUUAUAACAUGGAGAGUGAUAAAGGCAAGCUUAUAGUGGCCAAAAUCCCUAUUACAUCAGGGCAUGAAACCAACAGUAACAUGCAAACAAGUUUUUCAAACUCUCCUAUGGACCAUCAGAUUUGUCAUAAGGAGGAUCAAGAAGCCCACUGUGAAAAAGUUGAGAAAGGAGCCCAGGAAGCUCCACCUAUAUUUCAUGGCAAAAUGAUGUAUGACAAUUUCACUUUUAUGCCCAUAAUGGAAGCUGAAGGAGAGAUCCAGGUCUGUUCCAAUACUCUGUGCUGUUCCUUAAGUUACCAGAGACUGUUUGUAUCAAAGGAACUCUAUGCUUUAGGAGUAUUUGAUGGCCUUCAUGGAGUUCACGGAACAUACUAUGUACAAGCUUGUGCGUUAGUGAAGUGCGGCACCCUCAACUAUACGAGUUGUGGGCAAGAAGUCACAAAGGCUACUGAACGGAUAGAUUUUCAGCUGCAAGGGAAUUUCAGCACUGCUUUUGUCUUCCCUCUCUUGCUGAAGUCUGGCAUCACUCUAGACUUUGCAGACUAUCUGGGUUGGGAAAAGAACUACUAUGUCAUGCAGAAAAAGGGAGCAUCUUCUGGCUUAAUAACAGCCGGUUUAUAUGGACGAUGGUAUGAGAAGGACUAUAAUAAGCAUUUGGUGCAACCAAAAGCCACGUGUCAAAAUGAAUAAUUUAGGAGCUUAAUAAAAGGAGAUCAUUGUCCAAUGGAGUUCUUGACUUGAACUGUGUAUACCUGAAAAGUAAUUUUAGGUUGCAUGAAUUCAUAAAGGUUCUUUAUCAAUUCCAAGGGUCUACACAAAUUCUGGCUGAUCUCAAAAGGGUUUGUUCUUAGCUCUGACAUCACACUAGACUUGUCACAUACAACUAGCUGCCUGUUGUCACAUAGAAUCAGAAUUGGAAGGGACCCCAAGUGUCAUCUAGUCCAACCACAUGCAAUGCAGGAAGCUCAACUAAAGCAUCCAGGACAGAUGGCCAUCCAACCUCUGCUUUAAAAAAUCCAAUGAAGGGGAGUCCACCACCUCUGUGCUGCUGUCAAACAGCUCUUACAGUCAGAAAGUUCUUCCUGAUAUUUUGUUGGAAUCUCCUUUCUUGUAACUUGAAUCCAUUGGUUCAGGUCCUAUCUUCCAGAACAGAAAACAAGUUCACUCCAUCUUCCAUGCAACAGCCCUUUAGAUCAGUGUUUCCCAACCUUGUGCCUCCAGAUGUUUUGG